CUGCUCUGCGAUUCCUGGGCUGCGCACACUCACGCCCACUGCUUUAAUAAACCCGCUGCAUCCAUCGGCGCGACAAGACCCUCCCCCGCGACAUCCAAACCAAUAUGAGUACCCGGGGGCUGCUACUUGUGAGCCCACAGCGGCUGCACUCGGGCGCGGAGCCCUACAAACGACUGCUGGGCGUUCUGUUGCGUGGCACGUGUGUGAGCCUUGCGGUUUCAAACCCUUACCUGUCGCUCGCGGAGCCGGCCGGUGCCAUUCUGCUGAGGAACGGGCGCGUGCCCGAGCGCACACUGGAGCGGCUGCUGGAGCCGCAUGGCGAGCACCUCACCGGCGUAGUGCUAGGAAGUGAGACGCACGCGGAGUGGGAGACUUUCAGGUCAUCCCAACACAACGAUACGCUUCAGCAGGUGCACCAGGUGCUGCAGCGAGUGGCGCCCGACCUGCCCGCCGCCUGGUGGGACCGCUGGAGCCCCGACGCGCCCCAGUCCUGCCGGCUGCCGCAGCAGCCGCUGCCGCAGGUGCAGGCGCAGGCGCAGGCGCCGCAGCCAGACCUAGCAGCUGAUACAGGUGCGAGCAUGUCGGCAGCGGCAGCAGUAACUCCAGCCCCAGGUGUAGGCCAGGCAUUAGGGGGCGGCGGAGCCCGGGGUUUCGCUAUAGGUGGUGGGAAGGGGUCUGGCGGCGCGACCUGCAGCAUGGCCACCUUGUUCCUGCAGCACUACCUCGACAGCCUGGGCUCCCUCAACACGUUCGGGUAGGGCGCUCUCCGGCAGCCGCAUGUGACGCCUGCGUCAUCACCGGAGCGUGUAAUGAAUGUGAUGGGACUGAUUCUGUUCACUGCGUACAUGCGGUGGCAGACGUGAGCGUGUUGCUGUGUCAAUUGUGAUUGGACUGGACUGGAGAGGGGUGAUGUGACAAGCAAAUAUGAGAGAGUCAGAGGGCACGUACAUGAAGGGCAGCAAGAAAGAAAUGUGGCCGAGGUGCCUGUGCCCCGGCUGGCAGGGCGUCACCGUACAUACAGAUGAAGAGGUAUGAGAGCGUGGCGAGAUGUAACCGCAGUUGCGCCUGCAGAAGGCGUACGCAUUUAUCGAACACUGUUCUUUUCUUCUCCCGGCCGAUAUGAAGGUUUGUGAAGCUUUCCGGGCAGAUACCGUAGGAUCUUCAAGCUUGUCAGAUAGACGUAGCCGCUGGUAAGGCGCGGCAACAAUGAGCGGCCCCUGACGUGGGGCGAGUUGGCCGAACUUCCUGGGUACCAGGCUGGUUUAUAGCGCACCAGGCAAUUCGGUUGUUACUGGACCGCGCUGGCCAUGUGCAAGAUGCACCGCGCUGGUCAGUAUGACGAGGCUGCGCAAGGGGCAGCGCCUUGGGAUAUCAAGUGACGUCGCGUGGGGGCGUCUGAACGGGCAUCUGCACGGAGACUGCAGAGAGUGAAUGACGGAGCUUUUGUAAGGUCAGGGGGGC